CUGAGUGCGCAGGCGCGAAAGCAAGUCCUCUUCCGGGCAAAAUGGCGGUGGUAUUGAUGUGCGGACGCCGGGAGCUUCUGCGCCUGCUACGGCCGCAGCGUCAGUUCCACCGCGUCGCAGGGCCGUCGCAGUGGCCCCGGAGACCGCUGACCGCUGGGCUCCUGUUCCCCGCCGGCCGGUGCUGCGGGCGCCCGCACUAUGUCCUCCUCGCGGCCUCCGGCCCCCGUGGCCUCAGUACCUCUGCCGUCUGGUUCGCAGAAGCCCAGGUUCAGGUUCCUCCAGUCAUUCCUGCAACUCCCUCCCCUCCAGCGGUGACUGAGGUGGCUUCUGGAGAGACUGCAGAUGUAGUUCAAGCUGCUGCAGAACAGAGCUUCGCUGAACUGGGGCUGGGGUCAUACACCCCAGUGGGACUGAUCCAGAACUUACUAGAAUUUAUGCAUGUUAACCUCGGCUUACCUUGGUGGGGAGCCAUUGCUGCAUGUACAGUCCUUGCCCGCUGCCUGGUGUUUCCUCUCAUCGUGAAGGGCCAACGAGAGGCAGCCAAGAUCCACAACCACCUGCCAGAGAUCCAGAAGUUUUCCACUCGGAUCAGAGAGGCCAAGUUGGCAGGAGACCAUGCUGAGUUUUACAAGGCCUCCUCGGAGAUGACACUUUACCAGAAAAAGCAUGAUGUUAAACUCUUUAGACCUCUCAUUCUACCUCUGACUCAGGCCCCGAUCUUCAUCUCCUUCUUCAUUGCUUUGAGAGAAAUGGCCAACCUUCCUGUGCCCAGCCUGCAGACAGGUGGCCUCUGGUGGUUCCAAGAUCUCACCCUAUCUGACCCCACCUACGUAUUACCACUGGUAGUCACUGCUACAAUGUGGGGUGUCCUUGAGUUAGGUGCUGAGACUGGUAUGCAAAGUUCUGAUGUUCAGUGGAUGAGAAAUGUUAUCAGAUUGAUGCCCCUGGCAGUCCUGCCCAUAACUAUCCAUUUCCCCUCGGCGGUGUUCAUGUAUUGGCUCUCCUCCAAUAUGUUCUCCCUGGGCCAGGUGGCUUGCCUCCGGAUCCCAGCUGUACGCACUGUGCUUAAAAUCCCCCAGCGUGUUGUGCAUGACUCUGACAAAUUACUUCCACGGGAAGGCUUCUUCAAGAGCUUCAAAAGAGGCUGGAAGAAUGCUGAAAUGGCACAUCAGCUACAAGAGCGGGAGCGACGCAUGCAGAAUCACCUGGAGCUAGCAGCCAGGGGUCCCUUACGACAGACCUUUACCCACAACCCCCUGGUACAGCCUGGCAAGAAUCACCCUCCCAACACCCCUAACAGCAGCAGCACCAAACCAAAGUCAAAGCAGCCCUGGCGUGACACGCUUGGCUGAAUUCUGUUCCCUGGUCUUACUGGCAGGAACUCUCUCUCUCUUCAAAGACUCAACCUCACAACAAGAGUUGACACUGGGUCCUUGCCCCAGACCUAGAAACCGUGGGACGUGGAAAUGUUCCUUUUUAAAAGUGGAUUCCACUGCAGACUCUUAGACCUAAGUGUAAAAAGCACUGGGAAGCCAAGUGAUCUUCCCAUCUAGAGUUAGUAAACUUCUGUACUACA